AUGGUUAUGAAACCGGAGGUUGAACAGGAAUUGGCUCACGUUCUAUUGACGGAGCUUUUAGCUUAUCAGUUUGCUUCUCCAGUUAGAUGGAUUGAGACACAGGAUGUUUUCUUGAAGGAUUUCAACACUGAGAGAGUUGUCGAAAUUGGUCCUUCCCCUACUUUGGCUGGUAUGGCCCAAAGGACCUUGAAGAGCAAGUAUGAGUCCUAUGAUGCUGCUUUGUCGUUGCACAGACAGGUUCUCUGCUACGCCAAGGACGCUAAGGAGAUCAACUAUACUUUGGAUCCUGAGGAAUUGGCCGCUAAGGAAUCUGCUGCUUCUGGUUCAGCUGAAGCUGCUGCUCCAGCUGCUUCCAAUGCAAGUGCAGCAACCCCAGCGGCUGCUGCUCCGGCUGCUGCUGCUCCAGUGGCUGCCGCUGCUCCAUCUGGUCCUGCUGCUGAUAUCCCAGAUGAGCCAGUUAAGGCUUCAUUGCUACUACAUGUUUUGGUUGCUCACAAGUUGAAGAAGAGUCUAGAUGGUGUGCCAUUCUCAAAGACAAUUAAGGAUUUGGUCGGUGGUAAAUCGACUGUCCAAAACGAAAUCUUGGGUGACUUGGGUAAGGAGUUCGGUGCUACUCCCGAGAAGCCAGAGGAGACUCCUUUGGAAGAAUUGGCAGAGACUUUCCAAGAAACUUUCUCUGGUGCUCUGGGUAAACAAUCUUCUUCUCUGAUUUCGAGAUUAAUGUCUUCCAAGAUGCCUGGUGGGUUUACUAUCACCACUGCAAGAAAAUACUUGCAAACUCGUUGGGGUUUGGGUAGUGGUAGACAGGAUUCUGUCUUGUUGAUCGCUUUGACCAACGAACCAGCUGCCCGUUUGGGUUCUGAACCUGAAGCUAAAGCCUUCUUGGACUCUAUGGCUCAAAAAUACGCAUCAACUGCAGGUAUCGAUCUAUCUGCUGCUUCCGCAGGUGCUGGCGCUGGUGCUGGUGCUGGCGGUGCAGGUGGUGCUACUAUCGACGCUGCUGCAUUCGAUGAAUUGAACAAGGAUCAAAAGAUUCUAGCUCGUCAACAAUUGCAGGUCCUGGCUCGUUAUUUGAAGAUGGAUCUGGACAGUGGUGAAAGAAAACUGCUCAAGGAAAAGGACAAUGCUGCUCAAUUGCAAUCACAACUUGAUUUCCUAACCACUGAAUUGGGUGAAUACUUCAUCAACGGUAUCGCAACUUCUUUCUCUAGAAAGAAGGCUAGAGUUUUCGAUUCAUCUUGGAACUGGGCUAAGCAAUCUCUAUUGCACUUGUACUUUGAGAUCAUUCACGGUGUUUUGAAAAACGUUGACAGAGAAGUCGUCAGUGAGGCUAUUAACAUUAUGAACAGAUCCAAUGAGACUUUGAUCAAAUUCAUGGAAUACCACGUUGCUCAUACUGAUGAAUCUAAGGGUGACAACUACAAAUUGGCAAAGAGCCUCGGUGAACAAUUGAUCGAAAACUGUAAACAAGUUAUAGACAUGGACCCUGUUUACAAGGACAUCGCUAAACCAACUGGUCCAAAAACCGUUAUUGACAAGAACGGUAACAUUAAAUAUUCCGAAGAACCAAAAGAAAAAGUCAGAAAGCUAUCUGAAUACGUCCAAGAGAUGGCUAUCGGUGGUAGCUUGGCUAAGGAGGCUCAAUCCACUAUCGAAGAGGAUUUAACCCGUGUCUACAAAGCCAUCAAUGCUCAGGCUUCCAAGCACGAUAUUUCCGGAUCUACUGCUUCUGAAUUCGAAAAGAUUUACGGUGAUCUAAUGAAAUUCUUGCAGAAUUCCAAGGAAAUCGACGCUUCUCAAACCACUCAGUUGGCUGGUGUCGUUGAUGACGCUUUGGACAAGGACUCUACCAAGGAAGUUGCUUCUUUGCCAAACAAAUCUGAGAUCUCAAAGACUGUUUCUUCCAGUAUUCCAAGAGAAACCGUUCCUUUCUUGCACUUGAAGAAGAAGAAGGCAACCGGUGAAUGGUUGUACGACCGUCAACUAUCCUCUCUGUUUUUGGAUGGCUUGGAGAAAGCUGCUAUCAACGGUGUUACUUUCAAGGACAAGUACGUCUUGAUCACCGGUGCUGGUAAGGGCUCCAUCGGUGCUGAGAUCUUGCAAGGUUUGAUUCAAGGUGGUGCUAAGGUUAUCGUCACUACUUCUCGUUUCUCAAAGCCUGUCACCGAUUUCUACCAAUCCGUGUACGCCAAGUACGGUGCUAAGGGUUCUACUUUGGUUGUCGUGCCAUUCAACCAAGGUUCCAAGCAAGAUGUUGAAGCUCUGGUUGAGUACAUUUACGAUGAUGAAAAGAACGGUGGUCUUGGCUGGGAUUUGGACGCUAUUAUUCCAUUCGCUGCUAUCCCAGAAAAUGGUAUUGAAUUGGAUAACAUUGACUCCAAAUCUGAGUUUGCUCACAGAAUCAUGUUGACCAACAUCAUGAGAGUCAUGGGUAACGUCAAGAAGCAAAAAUCUCAAAGAGGUAUUGAGACUAGACCAGCUCAAGUUAUCUUGCCUAUGUCACCAAACCACGGUACUUUCGGUGGUGACGGUUUGUAUUCCGAAUCUAAGCUUUCUUUGGAGACUUUGUUCAACAGAUGGCACUCCGAAUCCUGGGGCAACCAAUUGACCAUUUGUGGUGCUAUCAUUGGUUGGACCAGAGGUACUGGUUUGAUGAGUGCUAACAAUAUCAUCGCAGAAGGUAUUGAAAAGGCCGGUGUACGUACUUUCUCUCAAAAGGAAAUGGCUUUCAACUUGCUUGGUUUGUUGAUCCCAGAAGUCGUUCAAUUGUGUCAGAAAUCCCCAGUUAUGGCUGACUUGAACGGUAGCUUGCAAUACUUGACUGAUUUGAAGGACUUCACCAGAAGAUUGCGUAGUGAAUUGACCGACACUUCCGAUAUCAGAAAGGCUGUCUCCAUUGAAACUGCUUUGGAACACAAGGUUGUCAGUGGUGACAAGGCUGAUGCUGCUUAUACACAAGUCGAAGUUCAACCUAAGGCUAACAUUAACUUGAACUUCCCUGGUUUGAAAUCUUACAAGGAUGUCAAGAAGGUAUGCAAAUCUGACUUAGAAGGCCUACUGGAUUUGGAAAGAGUCAUUGUUGUUACCGGUUUCUCCGAAGUUGGUCCAUGGGGUUCUUCUAGAACCAGAUGGGAAAUGGAAGCUUUCGGUGAAUUCUCUCUGGAAGGUGCCGUUGAGAUGGCCUGGAUUAUGGGUUUGAUCAAGUACCACAAUGGUAACUUGAAGGGUCGCCCUUACACCGGUUGGGUUGAUGCCAAGUCCAACGAACCUGUUGAUGAUAAGGAUAUCAAGACCAAGUACGAAAGUAAGAUUAUUGAACAUGCUGGUAUUAGAUUGAUUGAACCAGAGCUAUUCGAUGGCUAUGAUCCAAAGAAAAAGCAAAUGAUUCAAGAAGUCGUUGUUGAAGAAGACUUGGAACCAUUUGAGGCAUCCAAGGAAACUGCAGAACAAUUCAAGCACGAACAUGGAGAUAAGGUCGAUGUUUUCGAGAUCCCAGAGAGUGGUGAAUUCUCCGUCAAGCUAUUGAAGGGCGCAACUCUUUACAUUCCAAAGGCAUUGAGAUUCGACCGUUUGGUUGCUGGCCAAAUUCCAACUGGUUGGAACGCCAAGACAUAUGGUAUCUCCGACGAUGUCAUCUCGCAAGUUGAUCCAAUUACUUUGUUUGCUUUGGUGUCUGUCGUUGAAGCUUUCAUUGCUUCUGGUAUCACUGAUCCAUAUGAGAUGUAUGAAUACGUUCACGUCUCAGAAGUUGGUAACUGUUCCGGUUCCGGUAUGGGUGGUGUUACUGCUCUGCGUGGUAUGUUCAAGGAUCGUUACAAGGACCAACCAGUCCAAAACGAUAUCUUGCAAGAAUCUUUCAUCAACACCAUGUCCGCUUGGGUUAAUAUGUUGUUGGUCUCUUCAUCUGGUCCUAUCAAGACCCCAGUCGGUGCUUGUGCUACCGCUGUUGAAUCUGUUGAUGUCGGUGUGGAAACUAUUCUAUCUGGUAAGGCAAAGAUCUGUAUCGUCGGUGGUUACGAUGAUUUCCAAGAAGAGGGCUCUUACGAAUUCGGUAACAUGAAGGCUACUUCUGACACUUUGGAUGAAUUUGAACAUGGUCGUACCCCAGCUGAAAUGUCCAGACCUACUACCACUACCCGUAACGGUUUCAUGGAAGCACAAGGUGCCGGUAUUCAAAUUAUUAUGAACGCUGAUUUGGCUCUUAAGAUGGGUGUUCCAAUCUACGGUAUUGUUGGUCUAACCGCCACCGCAACCGACAAGAUUGGUAGAUCUGUUCCAGCUCCAGGUAAGGGUAUUUUGACCACCGCAAGAGAACAUCACGGUGGCUUGAAAUUCCCAACACCAUUGUUGGACAUGAAGUACAGAAAGCGUCAAUUGAUCAACCGUCAAAAGCAAAUUAAGUUGUGGGUUGAAAAUGAAUUGGAAAUGCUACAACAUGAAGUUGAGGAAAUCCCAGCUGAGGACCAUGCAGUCUUCUACUCCGAACGUACCGAGGAGAUCAAGAGAGAAGCAGCUAGACAAGUUAAGUCCGCUCAAGCUCAAUGGGGUAAUGAAUUCUACAAGAACGACCCUCGUAUUGCUCCUUUGAGAGGUGCCUUGGCAACAUACGGACUAACCAUUGACGACCUAGGCGUCGCUUCUUUCCACGGUACCUCUACCAAGGCCAACGAUAAGAAUGAAUCUGCUACUAUCAACGAAAUGAUGAAGCAUUUGGGUAGAUCUGAAGGUAACCCAGUCAUCGGUGUCUUCCAGAAGUACCUAACCGGUCAUCCAAAGGGUGCCGCCGGUGCUUGGAUGUUGAACGGUGCUAUUCAAAUUUUGAACUCCGGUAUCAUCCCAGGUAACCGUAAUGCUGACAAUGUCGACAAACUUUUGGAGCAAUUCGAGUAUGUCUUGUACCCAUCUAAGUCCUUGCAAACCAGCGGUGUUAAGGCAGUUUCUAUCACCUCUUUCGGUUUCGGUCAAAAGGGUGCUCAAGCUAUUGUCAUUCAUCCAGACUACUUGUUUGGUGCCGUUGAUCAAGGCACUUAUGAGAAGUACGUUGCCAAGGUUACCGCUAGAGAGAAGGCCGCUCACAAAUUCUUCCACAACGGUAUGAUCUACAACAAGUUGUUCGUCAGCAAGGAGCAUGCUCCUUACUCCAACGAAUUGGAACAACCAGUCUACCUAGACCCAUUAGCUCGUGUUUCCGCAGAGAAGAACACUGGUGCAUUGACCUUCGGUGCCAAGACAAUUCAACAGACUGAUAACUUCGUUUCUGACGCCAACAAACAAACUGCUGCUAUUGUCAGUGACUUGACUAAGCAAGCUACCGCUGGCGCUAAGGACAGUGGUGUCGGUGUUGAUGUUGAGUUGAUCUCAAGUGUAAACGUUGACAACGAAACAUUUGUUGAACGUAAUUUCACUGACGAUGAGAUUGCUUACUGCAGAUCCCAGCCUUGUGUUCAGAGCUCUUUUGCUGGAACUUGGUCCGCUAAGGAGGCCGUUUUCAAGUCUUUGGGCGUUAAAUCUCAAGGCGGUGGUGCUUCUUUGAAGGAUAUUGAAAUCACCCGUGCUGCUGGUAAGGGCCCAGAAGUUAAGUUACAUGGUAACGCUAAGAAGGUGGCUACCCAGGCAGGCGUUUCUGAAGUGAAGGUUUCUAUCUCUCACGAUGAUUUCCAAUCUGUUGCCGUCGCUAUUUCCUCAAAGAAAUAG